AUUAUAUCAUAUGUUAACCAACUAGAAUUUUAAUAAAAACUUUUUUAAAAGGUGUUUUUGUUUUGUUUUGUUUUGUUUUUUGGUGGACUCAAGAUGGAGGAAUAUAUGUGAGAGCCUUGUCCUCACGAAUUGUGGAUGACUGUGGAGGGGUCUUUACCAUGGAUACCACAGUUGGUGGUAUCUUUCAACCACUCAAAGGUUUUCACAAUUCUCCAGUGGGAGUAAACCACAGACUACAAGGGAGUUUCACAGCUAUAAAAACCGGGACUCCGCAGUUGAGAGGUAGCUUUGCAGUUUGUGGAGGUUUAUUUUUCAUGACUGACUGCAUUAUGGUUCAAGUCGGAAGGAAAGAUUCCUGGAACUUCAUCACAAGUGUUGCCUUAACAGGAGCCAUACUGUCAGCAAGAGAUGGAUCAGUGGCCGUCGUUGGGUCAGCAGUGAUGGGUGGCAUUCUAGUUUUAAUUAUAGGACCUGUUAUCUUGUUGAUAAGAUUUAUCUCUGCAUGAUUUCCCAAUGGUC